GGUGUCUGGCACCCAUGGGUGGUGCCCCCGGGAGCCUGGUCCGGGGGAUGCUCCUGCAGCGAGGGGGCGGCUGGCACCCAUGGGUGGUGCCCUCAGGGAGCCUGGUCCGGGGGAUGCUCCUGCAGUGAGGGGGCGGCUGGCACCCAUGGGUGGUGCCCCCCGGGAGCCAGAAGCCUUUGACCAAGACUUGAUUUUCGCUUCUAGGGGGUGCCGGCUCUUUGGAGGACCGUGAGAGCUGUGGAGGCGUCAUAGACGUGACCAGAGCAGCUAAUGGGACCAUCCACUUACCAGCAGCCAAGGGCCCUCCGGCACCCACCAGAACCUGCACCUGGGUGAUAGCAGCGCUGCCCUCCGAGGAAGUACGCCUGGAAAUCAAAGCCCCGGAGGCGGCUGCUCAUCCCAACCUCAGUGUGCGCUUUGAAGGUAGCCCAGGGGAAGGGGCCGGCAGGGAGGGGCCUGUGGACAUUGCCCACAGCUUUCUUCUGAAGGGACAGGGCAGAACCGUGAUCAGAGGGAGCCUGGAUUCCAGUCUCACUUUCACUUACUGGGUGGUUGUGGAUUGGUGUGCUCGGCUGGCCCUUUGCUGCUCCGUGGUGGGAUCGGCACAGACCUGUCUCUGCCCUGGGAACUCAACGGGGGAACGCUGCCGGACAGGUGUGGAUGCCCUGGAGUCUCUGCGGGAAGGUGUUGGGCAGGUGGCGUCACGAGAGGCCACGGUGAAGCUGAGGGGGGCUGUGUUAUCUGGAGCUGCCGAGCGUCUCCGCAGCCCCAGCACCGCGGCCCCGGGCACUCGCCCUAGCCUUGCUCCCCACCAGAGCCCUGCGGCCUGGCCUGCCGGCACUGCAGAGAGCCCCGGAGAGGCGCUGAGUAACGCUGCCCCCGUGCCCCGAGGGGCGUGGCUGGGCAGGCGGAGGAACGGGCCCCUGGCUCAGGAGGGAGCCACCGCUGAGCGUGUGGAGCCACCGGCCACUACAGCAGCUGCUGAGCAUGGGGACAAAGCCCACGACCUGGGAGUGCGUAUGCGCCCGUCUGCUGCAGGAAAGGGGACGCCGGCUGGAAGCACCGGCAGCCCCUGGUUCUCUGCAGCGUCACAGUUCAAGGCAGCAAAUCCCACGUCGGUGCCUCUCCCUGGGACAGUCCCUCUGGGAAACCUGAGGGCAAAAGAUCUCACUUCCCUGGGGGGCAGCAGCUCCGAUAUAGAGUCACCCACGGUGUUUCCUGGCUCUGCCGCCCGCGAGACGGCUUCAUGGGACCAGGCACCUUCCAGCACCUCCGCAGUAACGGAGCCAGUGUACCCCAGUGGAGAGAGCGCGCUCACGACAGGGCCCUCGGACCCGGAGCCGUGGAGCAUGGAAACGCCGGAUGUUGCUCUUGCCCUGAGUAAAGCCAGGGCGGAGACCAGCCGGGGCAGUGCUGCGGGCGCACAGACGCCAGUGACCUCCGCGCCCGUGGCCAGCCCUGCUCCCGGGGAAGCGCAGGGGACAAUGGGGCCCACUUUGGAGGAGGGAUGCGGGGGCUGGGGACGGCACACAGGGAAGCUGCCGUUACUGCGGAGUUGGACUUCACUGACCUGGGCCUAGGAGCCAGGCUGCGGAGCCCCACGGAGGGCUCUGGCACGCUGCUGCAAGGACAGACGGAGCUCGCCAUGCACACUGCAGCCUCCACACCGGGCGACUCUCUGGAAACCAGCCAGACACCUGCUCUGCGGCCAGACGGCCGGGAGAGUCUGACCUGGCAGCCGGGGGGCAAAGCUAAGCCAGCCCCAGAGACCAGCGGGACCCCAGUGCGCACCCCAGACAGCGGCCUGACAGAGCCGCUCGCCACAACAGCUGGCUCUGCUCCAGGACUCCAUUCCAGCACCCAUCGCAUGGUGCCCCUGGGAAGCCCCAGGCCUGGGGAGGGCCUGGGCCAUACGCUGGUGGAGGCUGGCUCUGAGGAGUCCCCAGGGCGCAGAGGUGUCGAUGGAGUCCCAGAAAACAUGGACUUGUCUCUCUCCAGUGAGGCGCGCACAGAGGGGGACCCUCGGGCAGCGUCCUGGGCCGAGUCACUCCCCGGGGCUUCCCCAGACAGGACGCCAAGUGCCUAUGCUGGGACCCCAAGGCCAUUGGGCCACCUCACAGCACCUGCCCCAUCCCCUGGCUCGGCCCAGCCCCCAGCGCCAGCUGAGCAGCUCAGCACGGGGGCCGAUGUCUCUCACCCCACAGCUCCUGGCCAGGAGAACGGAGGUCUCAGUGAGCGCGCCCCAGAGCCCAGCUCGUCAACAGCAGCCCCAGCCCUGGAGCGGCUAUCGAGUGACUUCCGGACUCUCGCCUGGCUCCCCGAAACUCCUGCUGAGAGGUCUCGAGUGCCUGGCACAGGGGAGCCCCGCAGCACGGUCCCAGCCGUGCCCGGUACGGCUGUGUCUGUGGGCACAUCCUCCCAGCCUCCUGUCGCCCACACUCCCGGGGCCAAGCAGCUCUCCCUGGCUCCUGCCCCAGUCGGGGCAGUGACGUCUCAGGAGGGAGUGUUCCCGGGAGCCUCCAGUGGGGAAGCCGUGCCCCAUGGCUCUGGCACCAUGCGAGCCAUCACUCCUCUGGGCUUUCAGCCUCCGCCAGCCAGCCAGCCUGCUGGAGUGGAGACACCGGCAGCCACUCUGCAGAGAGGUUCCACAGCGCUCAGCCCGACAGCGCCCCCUGACCCCCCCAGGGCUGGGCUGAGUUCCCCAUUCCCCUUAGAGAAGGAUGUUUCGGGGUCUGCUGCCCUGGGACUCGCAGAGCUCAGCUUGGCCACCACCCCGUCUCCAUCGUGGGACACGGCGACCACUAAUGCCACAGUGGCAACGUCCUCGUGGGCAUCUGCAAGCUGGAGGGGAGGGACUGAGAGGCUGGGCCAGCGGGCAACGGCCCCCCCAGCCUGGGCUGCGCAGGCUGGGUCUGAACCGGGGAAUUCCAGCCAAGCCACUGAUGCAACACCCCCGAGCGGGGCUGGGGGGAGCUUUCCGAGCAGCAGCACCGGGGCCCUGUUCAGCCCCACGCCCCCCAUCCCAGAGCUGCUACUAACCUCUGAGAGCGCUGGGUCCCCAGCUGGCAGCAGGAGUCCCUGGCCCCCCCUGGCAGCCAGCCCAAGGGCCUGGGGUGCAGAGGUUACGGAUCCCGUGAGCAGUGCCAGGAUGAAUGUCUCCUUCGCCAGCACGCAGCUCAGGGCAGCGAUGACCGAUGGGCAGCCGCCGCCUGUCACCACCAAGGGUGCCCGUGGCAGGGCACAGAGCGUGUUCGUUGUGGAAGACCAGCCCCCUCUUCUCAAAGCGACCCUUCUCCGCGUGCCCUGUGAACUCGCGCUGGAGAUGGAAUUUGUUAGCGCCUUCCAGACUCCCGCGUCGCAUGCGCAUCGCAGCCUGGUGCAGCGUUUCAAUGAGACGGUGGCGCCCCUCUUCGCAGCUGUGCCGGGAUUCCAGCGCCUGGAAGUGAUGCGGAUCAGGAGAGGCAGCGUGGUGCUGGAAUACGAUGCCCUCUUCGCUGUGGAGCGGCUGCAUGGGCAGGUGCAGGGCUUGGGAGCCCUUUUAAACCGGACGGUGCUGUCGGGCGCCACCCGCUCGGGUCUCCACGUCGCCAGUGCCCCCGUGCUGUGGAACGUGGUCCUGGAGAGGCAGCUGGACCUGUGCACGGUGCUCUUCUCGUGCCACGCCGGCUUUGAGUGCAUCAGCAGUGGGGCCGGCAAUGCCAGCUGCACGUCCGUGUGCCACAGAGACUACUGCAGAAACCACGGCAUCUGCACACACCCGCGUGACCACGAGCCCGUGUGCCAGUGCCCCACUGGCAGUGACUACUGGUUCAUGGGCCCACGCUGCGAUUACAAGGUGACCCAGCAGAGCCUGCUGGGCGUGGCCGGUGGGGUGCUGCUGACCGUGGCCCUGCUGGGCGUUGCCGUCGCCUGCCUGGUGGUCCGGAGGUUCAAGGCGCUGCUCCUGGAGGCCAGGGUUGAUCAGACCAAAAGCAGCUACCGACGGUUUUGUCGCCUUGAUGACGUGUCAGCUCAGUACUGGUCUCACUCUUGGCUCGCCUCUGCUAAUUCUUUGGACAACCCAGCUUUCAGCAACUCGGAGGAGCUGCUCCACUUACAGAUGCUAGACAACACUUGUUGCAGCUGUAAGGAUGACACUGUGAUCGCAGACAGCUACCAGCAGCGGACCACUCCCAUCAGCACAGUGUGCAGGCCCAGCUUUCACUAUGACUGGGACACAAGUUCUAGUAGCAUAAAUGAUCCCAUGAUUGACUCUGGAAAAGCCAGUGAUAUUUCUGUGUCAAGUUGGCCAAUGGAACCAGUUCAGUGGACACCCUUUCCAAUUCUACAUCAUCUUUCCAGACAACGGCCGCCCAAAGCCAGUAGGCGACCUCAUUCCUACUGUGAGGGGAUGGAACUGGUCAAUCUUGAAAGAAGUUGGACAGCCUAAAAAUGGCAAACUAAAGACAGGCAACAGUUGUCAGCUUUUAAAACCAACCACGUUUUAUUUUCACAUAACAAGCUCAACGAAGGAGUUUCCAACACUUUGACAAUACAAUCAAUGCAGGUAUGAUGUCAGUUCUAUUCAAUGCAGAGUGCUGAAGAUUAUCAGCGAAACCUUUCAACAGUAUUUCAGACUGGACUUUAGAAGCCAGCUUUGGUUUGGGACAAGGUAACUGUUAGUAGUAAGUGUUGAGUUAACACAAGGCUGGCAUCCAACAAAGUAAACGACUUACACCAGGCAAGCUGAGAAUAAACUUUUUGAAGUCACAUCAUAUUACGUACAUAUAUGGUCUGCCCUACAGCCAUUUCAGAACAAGCUAAGCCACUGUGAAAAGUGAAAUACAAAUUAAGCGCCGCUGCAUUGUUCAUUAUGAUUUAUGUAAAUGAGGUAUAAAUUUAACCCCAGUACAUGUUUAAGCAUUAAACUGUAUUUUCCAAAA